CAUGCUCUAGAUGUCUUUGAAAAGAAUCUUCUGAGGCCUCAGCGUCUCAUCUCAGUCUCCUGAAUCCUACCAAGAACUGUGUUCAACUCUCAGUCGUCACCAUGAGCAACAAAUUCUUGGGCACCUGGAAACUUGUCUCCAGUGAGCACUUUGAUGAUUACAUGAAGGCUCUAGGUGUGGGGCUAGCCACCAGGAAACUGGGAAAUCUGGCCAAACCCAGUGUGAUCAUCAGCAAGAAAGGGGACUAUAUUACUAUACGAACUGAAAGUGCUUUUAAAAACACAGAGAUCACCUUCAAGCUGGGCCAGGAAUUUGAAGAAACCACAGCUGACAAUAGGAAAACCAAGAGCAUUGUAACCCUGGAGAAAGGCUCACUGAAUCAAGUACAGAAAUGGGACGGCAAAGAGACCACCAUAAAGAGAAAGGUGGUGGACGGAAAACUGGUAAUGGAAUGUAUGAUGAAGGGCGUGGUGUGCACCAGAAUUUACGAGAAGGUCUGAGAAAAACAUUUACCCACUGAGUGGUAUUUAGUCACUUAAUAUUGGAAAUAAAUUGCUUCCAUUGGCAAGACCCAACUACUCUCCAGUUUGCUUUUUGGUUUGAAUUUUUUUGUUUUCGUUUUUGUUUUGUUUGGGUUUUUGUCUUCACAUGCUAGAUUGACAAAGCCCUUAACUGAGUCUUAAUCUAAAAACCACUGCUAUUUAAAUAUUUUCAAUUUGUGUACAUGUCCUUAUUAUAUUAACUCAUCUAUGUCUAGCCAGACUUAAAUAAUUGAUAGUGUCAUUAAUUUCUAAGAAAUUCUAAUCUAUGGUAUUCUGAUUAUUUAAAAUAAUAAUUAAAAGAAGUAAUGGGAUAAUAAAAGGAUGUAAAAGUUUACUUACGGGGGUAGCAAACUCAAACGCCUUCUGGGACCAGAGAGUUAUAAGCCCAUAAGGAAGCCACAAAGAAGCAAUUCAGAAAGAGCAGUUUUAAAUGAAGGAGUUCUAGUUUCAACUAAAAGGAGCAGCCUUAACUCAACUUCAACCAGUUUUUUAAAAUUAAGGGCUAGUUUAUAAGCAGUGAAAGGCACAGAUACUGAGGACAGAGUUGAAUGCAUUGUGACAGAUGCAAGCACUCAUAUAACUAAUCCCCUUCCCAGGCAAUGCCCUACCCUGUCCCAUCCCUACCAAAAGCAAGUACAGUAGUGAUUUGGUUCUAUCACCAUAAGUUAGUUUUGCUUGUUCCUAUAUAUGGAACCAUGGUGUUUUCUGUUUGCCCUUUUAAACUUAGCAUUCUUUGAAAUUCAUCCCUAUUGUUGCAUGUAAUAGUGGUUUGAUCCUUUUCUUCCAAAUACUAUUCCAUUGUAUGACUAUGUCAUUUUAUCUGUUUAUCCUUCAGUUAAUACAAUUGGGCUGUUACCAAUUUUUGGCUAGUGUGAAUAAAGCUGCUACAUUCUUGUACAAGA